UCCCCCCAACCUGAGAAGCCCUGCCGUGGGCACAAACCUUGAUAGAGUUCUCUGUUAUGAGUCUGUCAAGGAGAAAGAAUCAAUACUAUUAUCACCGGUUAGAUUUGUAUUAAGAACAGUUGCGAUCUUCUUUUCCAUAUUUUUGAUAAUUGUUUGUUAGAUCCCGAAUCUCGUGACGUUCGGAUAAGCAGGACUUUGACGCGACGAGAUUGUUUUCCUUCGUGUGACAUCGACCGCCUGCGAGGAGGAGAAGGAAAAGUCCUCAAAGCUUUUCGAGUGUAGUGUACAUAAGAUAAUUUAAUUGAAUGUACAUAAUAUCCAGGUGAAAACCCUGGCAAAAGUGAUAUGGACUACGAUUCCCAAUCAAACAAGAACACGAGAAAGCAGUGACUGAGGACGACCGACCUCCCAAACACCCAAGGAAAAACGAAAGUGGCAGGAACUUCACGAAUCAUAACCUGAUAACAAUUGAAGACACGCCAAUAUACGGAGAUCCCUAUAAGUACAGAAGUUGGCCAAGAAGAGUCAUGGAGCCAUUCAGCUGCCAACCACUGCUUGACCGCCUCACACACCUGCUGGUGAAGACUGGUGCCCUGGAGGACUUCAGCAGGGCUUCAACUCCGCUUGACAAGAUAAGCUACUGUUUAGAGGCGGAGGUGAUGUAUGGAGCUGAUAUCAGAGUGAAAAUAAGGAAAGAAAUUGACCAGCUUUUGGAGGCUCUAUAUCAGAAGUGCACAGAACAUGUGAAAUCUGAAUCUUUAGCUGUAGAAGCAAAAGCAAAAGGAUCGAAGGCCUACCUUAAGAAGAAAGAUUCAGAAGCCCUCAAAGCCUAUACAGAAUGUCUUUGCUUGGCUCCAGCAAACUCAACUAUAAUCCCGUUAGCAUAUGCUAACCGCUCAGCUGUUCUUUAUCAGAUGGCAAAAUAUGAGGAAUGCCUUCAAGAUAUGGAGCGAGCAGAAAAGACAGGCUAUCCUGCUGCUAUCUUCCAUAAAUUGUUGACGCGUCGUUGCUCAUGCUAUUUAAACAUGCAUAACAAAGAGAAAAUUCAGCUGUCAUUGGAACACUGCCGAAGGCAUACAUGUAAAGUUCCAAUAGAAGCUAGAGAAAAAUUCAAAAAAUCUGUAGAAGAUUUAGAACAGAAAGCAUUAGGCAUUCUUGCUGGAUCCAAAAAUGUGCCAAGCAGUUACAGUGAUGUAGACUGUCCAGCUCUUUUUAAUGGGGAAAACAAUACAGUGAAAUAUAUGAGCAGUUCAUUGGAAAUGAGAGUCAGCUACGAGUUAGGUCGUCAUGUAAUAGCAAACCAGAAAAUCAGCAAAGGUUCUGUAGUAUUUGCUGAGAGACCAUAUGCUGCUAUACUCUUACCUGAGUAUCUCUACACACACUGUCAAACCUGCUUUUCUCCAGUAUCAAACCCUAUCCCCUGCUGUGAGUGUCGUGAUGUUGUGUAUUGUAGUGACCUGUGCCAGAGUCAGGGCCAGGCCUUCCACCAGUAUGAAUGUGGCAUCCUCCACAUUCUCUCAUCUGUUGGCAUUGCACAUCUGGCUGUGCGCAUCAUCCUGGUGACAGGGUGGAAACUCCACUGUGAUAUUAGGAAUGAAUCAUUGAAAGGGAGGGUGGCCGGAGUUGGAGACUCUGGUGUGUAUAAUGGCCGGAAUUUGUCUGAUGGUUAUCGAGCUGUCUACCAUCUCUUGCCUCACUUUGACAAUUGUCUCCCAGAAGAUCAGCUACAAUAUUGCAUUGUAUGUUAUUGUGAUGAAGUGAUGUGUUUCCUUGAUGACAGAUUGUGA